AGAAUGGUCUCAUUAAAGCAUGGUCCAUCUAACUGCUUGAUUAAAUCAGGUCAAGAAGGCCAUUGAACAUAUUUAUAUCAAGAGGAUUUAAAGAUUCCGGUUGGCGAGAAAAACAUUUGGAAGUCAAAACAAAUCGCUACUUGACAGUUAUUUAUUGGAUUAUCCAGGGAUAUACCGUUUUGCCGUUAAAUACUUCGCAUUAUGCCCAAGAGGGGGAUUAAGAAACGUAUACUUGAUAAAGUAGGUUCUUUAUUUUCAAUACGUGGAGCUAAGCAUCGACUUGAGAUUCACGGAGAUCAGAAGGAAUUGGACUGUAAUUCACCCAAAGGGCCUGAUAUAAACACAAUGCAUGGCGUAUUGUCUACAUUGACCCCUCAGAAGAAACCGAGAGGCAUUCGCUUUAGCAGACGUGCUGUACAAAGGUCUAAGUACUUGAGACAGAAGUUCGGUGUACGUAAAACAGUGAUGGGGUUUAGUCCUCGAGUUGGUUCUAUCACUGAAGAAGAUGAGAGUGAGAUUAAUCUCUGGAUGUUGGCAGAAAAUGCCGAGAAUGUUAUCUCUGAGGGUAUGGCUUGGCUAAGGAAUUCUGAGGACUGUUUUGACGAUAGCUCUAGCAAUCAAGAAGUGGACGAGGAAAAGAUACUGCAAAUGUGGAUUGAAAGUAAUUCUUUUGAUAAAAUUUAUGAUGAAAAUGAUGACAAAAAUAUUUAUCAUGAAGAUGAUUGUGAUAGCUUUAGUGGUGAUGAUGAAGAUGAUCUCGAUGAACCAGAGCAGGAACCUUCCGAUGAUGAUGAUGAACAUCAACAUCCAAUCAGCAAUGAUCAUGACAGCACUAGUGACGAAGAUAUCGAUGAUGAUGACAAUAUCAAUGUAACACAGAAUAAUCAGGAUAAUAUUAAUAAAAGCUAUUCGUCGAAUGACACUGGUACUGACUCAGUUGAUGAUGAUGAAGCAAAUGAUGAUGGCGAUGACAACUUAGGCGAUAGUGUAACUGAGAAAAGCUGCAGCAUUUACGUAGAUGACGAAAGUUUCGACGAACUUGAUGAUGAUGAUGAUGAUGAUGAUGGUGAUAUUUCCCAUAAACAAUUAGAAUCUUUUGGCACAGACGAUUGUGAUGAUGAUGAUGAUGGUGUUUACUCCCAUAAACAAUUAGAAUCCUCUGGCACAGAUGAUUAUGAUGAAUUUAGAACUGACAGAAGCGAGGAUCAUCCUAAAAAUGAUUGUUAUAACGUAUCUGAUAGCGGCAGUAGCAGAAUCAAUAUAAAACAUACCUUGAUUGGUCUAACAAAUUUUCCAUCAACAACAGACAUUAAAAACAUUGGUGAUAUGGAUAAAGUGAAAGGUCUUAAUCUCGCAAGGGAAAAUACUCCAAAGUUUGACUCGACUAGGAGUGAAAAUUAUAAACAUAUCUUUGUUAACACUAAGGAUAUGAGCAAUGUCAGCAUUUGUAAUAAAACUGGCAGUGAAAAGAUAUUUCUACGUGUCGAUGGCGACGAUAACAAUCAAGCUGGAUGUAAACUUAGUCAUGAGAAUGAAGAUUCUACUGGUGAAAGAGAAGCUACUGUAUUUGUGCAUGCAUUGGAAUCAAGUUAUGAUAACGAUGAUGAUUAUUAUGAUGGUGAUGAUAAUGAUGUUGAUAUUAAUCAUAAUCAUGAUACCUCAUCUCUUAACUCUCGUGCCAUUUUUAAUGAUGAUCUCAAAAACAAUACUUUAAAAGCACCUCAAGACUUGGAUGUCAAAAUACUUCACGAAGAAACUAUAUUGCCAGAAAAACCUUUAGAUAGAGAAAUAAAUGCUAAAGAGUGUAAGAAAAUUGGAGAGGUUGAAAUAACACCUGAUGACGCUGUUAUUGGCGCCGUAAAGGAAGAAAUUGAUGACAUUUUAAGUCGUAUUUCUCAGAUCGAAAGUGAUUUCAAUUUCAUGCGUACAACAAUGAAUGAAUUUAGAUCAUCAGCUGAACAAAAUAAUGAUAAAAUGCAGUGAUUUAAUACUUUUUCAUUCAAUUAGAAUAACUAUUUAUUAUAGGAGUACAUUUUCUUGUUAAAUUGAAGCAAUUAUUAGAAUUAAAAAAAUAUUAAUAAGAUAUUUGUUUAUCAAUCUUUGUAGAAGUCAAUAAUAGAGAGUUUUAGAUUGACUUUUUUUUCUCCACGCAAACGGCAAACGUGACCACGUUUUCAUAGUUUUCUUGUAUUUUACUUUACCUUUUACAAACCUUCUCACUAAGCGCAAAUACUCUUUU